AUGUUCGUCCCAGAAUAUUGCGAUGAGGGCGCAACACCAAUUCCAUCACACCUGAAUCUCGAAACUCUGCAAGGGAAAUCUGUCAUCAUCACAGGAGGUGCAAAUGGUCUCGGAAAAGCCUAUGCAGAAGCCUUUGUAAAAGCAAGGGCAUACGUAACAAUUGCAGAUUUCAACGAGACAGCUGGGAAACAAACGGUCUCUGAACUUUCAUCUGAAGCCAGCCAGUUCGUUAAAUGCGAUGUUCGGAGCUGGGAUGAUCAAGUCCUCGUAUUCGAAGCUGCCAUAAAGAAUUCUCCAUUCCAUAGUUGCGACAUAGUCAUUGCCAAUGCCGGUAUUGUAGGAGUAGAUGACUUGUACAAGCUUGAGGACCCAAAUUCACCACCUGUGAAGCCAGAUUUGCGCAUAAUAGAUAUCAAUUUGAUUGGUCUUUCAUACACGGCGAAACUCGCGUUGCACUACUUUCGACGACAACCCUUGAGUCCCAUUCGAGACCGUUGUCUGAUCAUCAAAGGCAGCAUUGCGUCGUAUGCCGACCAGCCUGGGUCGCCGCAAUACAAUAUUUCUAAAUGGGGGGCGCGAGGACUGAUGCGGAACUUGCGCCGCACUACGUGGAAAGAGGGUAUAAGGGUUAAUCUUGUUGCGCCUUGGUAUGUGCGAACACCAAUUUUAUCAAAAGAUAUACAAGACUAUCUCGACGGCAAAGGGGUUGGCUUUGCUUUGGUUGAGGACUCGGCUAAAGCAAUGCUCAAGAUCGCAUCUGAUGCGUCUAUUAAUGGGAGAGCAUUUGGAAUUGUGUCUCGAAAAGACGCACCGGAAGGGUACAUGGAUUUGGACCAUGAUGACUACAAGGACGGGGAUAUUUUGAAAGGAUGGCAAGAAAUUGUCUUGGAUACUGCUCAUCGGAUAGUGGUAAGUGCAAGGAUCCGUCGAUGUUUUUUUGGGAGUUAG